AUGGAGAUCGCGGUCAGCACGACGCAGCUUGUCGGGGCCGCGGUGGGGAUCAUAGGCAAGAUCAAGCGGGUGGUGGAGACGGCGCGCCAGAACAAGGUGGAGUACGACCACCUCAGGGACCGCCUGCCCACGAUCGGCCACGUGCUGCAUGGCCUGCCGCCGGACCCGGAGUUGGAGCGGCCGCUGGCCGAGCUGAUCGACAUGCUGCAACAGGCAUACGACCUCAUCGUCGCUUUCCAGAAGCGGAGCACCGCCAAGCAAUUCUUCCGGGCAAGCAUCCACGCCGAUAGGUUAAGGUCAGUCAACGCCAGGAUCGACUCCCACCUCAGCCUCUUCCCCUUGAUCAGCUACGCCGCCAUCGCCCGCCGCCUCAAUGAACCAGGCUGCUCCUGUCCCGGAUCCCCGGCUCCGCGGAAGGUGGAGCAGGAGGACGUGUUCGUGGCGGAGCUCCUCGAGAUAUUUCCUGCCAUCCACACCGGCGAGGUGGCGAUCUGCUCCUCUGCUGGCUCCCAGCCGAACGUAGAGGACGCGUUUGCAGCGCAGUGCAAGAUCCUAGGAAUCUUUCCUCCCGAAGACACCGGCGAGGUGCCGGGCUGCUACUCGGCUGCCUCCCUCCACGACGUGGAGGAGGCGUUCAUGGAGGAGCACAAGAUCCUCGAAAUGUUUUCUCCGGAGCACACUAGCGACGGCGAGAUGCCGGGCUGCUCCUCUACCGGUUCCCUGCAAGACGUGGACGACGCGUUCGUGGCAGAGCGUAAGAUCCUCGUCUACGAGCAGGGGCAUAUGAGCAACACCACGCUGAGAGACCACCUGGUGCACGGUGUCUCCAGCUCGUCGCCGGUGACGGUGUCUUGGAGGACCCGCGUGGAGGUGCUGCUGGGCGUAUCCCGGGCCAUAGAGCACUUGCACCGCUGCGCGAUCAUCCACGGCAACGUGAGCUCGUCCAACAUCCACCUCGACACCAACUGUUACUCGAUGCCGCGCCUAUCUGGCUUCGUCAGCGUACAGGUCUUGCAGGCGGACCAGCUCGUUGCGGAGGUCGUCGGCACUCCCGGGUACAUCGACCCGGAGUACCGGUGCACGGGGCGCAUGAACCUGGCCAGCGACGUGUACAGCUUCGGUGUUGUCAUUUUGGAGGCGCUGACCGGGAGGCCGCCGGUUAGCAGCGGCCGGGUGAAGGGCGAGGACGUCGUGACCCUGGUGGACUCCACGCUCCCGGUCAUUCGAGACGGUAAUCUGCACGAUAUGCUAGACGGCCGCCCGGUGUUGCAGUUGCAGCCCAUGCUGCGACAGUUGGAGGCGCUCGAGCUCGUGACACACACGGCGAGGCUCUGCCUGUGGCCGCACGGCAAGGACCGGCCAGCCAUGUCAAACGUGGUGGCCAACCUGGAGAAGGCACUCGGGAUCAUACGCAAUAAUGAGCCUAUGAAACAAUUGUGA